AUGACCAAUCAAAUUUGGUCGCGUUUACAAAAACCUAAUACUAAAUUGAGUGAUAAACGCGAUGCAGAGGUACUACCUGGACAUUCACUCGAAACUCAUCAUGAGGAUAUGAUACAUGAUGCUAAACUUGAUUAUUAUGGGAAAAAAUUGGCAACAUGCUCUUCUGAUCGAUCUAUAAAAAUUUUUGAAAUUGAUGGAGACAGUCAACGAGAAAUAGAAACAUUAAAAGGGCAUGAAGGACCAGUUUGGCAAGUUGCUUGGGCACAUCCAAAAUUUGUAAAUUCAGUUGCUUGGGCACCUCAUGAGCUUGGUCCAAUUUUAGCAUGUGCAUCGUCAGAUGGAAAAGUUUCUGUUUUAACAUUUAAAGCAGCUGAUAUACAAAAAAUUGAUGCACAUUCGAUUGGCGUUAAUUCUGUAAGCUGGGCACCUGCUACAAUGCCAGGUUCACUUGUACAAAUUACCGGUGGGGCACAAAAUGUUAAUGUCACAAAAAAAUUUGCUUCAGCAGGCUGCGAUAACAAUAUAAAAAUCUGGAUUUAUAGUGAUAACGAAUGGAAAGAAGAAUGGAGUUUGGACGGGCACACAGAUUGGGUUCGUGAUGUAGCUUGGGCUCCUAAUGUAGGGCUUUCUAAAAGUUAUUUAGCUAGUGGAUCUCAAGACAAAACUGUUUUGAUCUGGACUCAAGAAACACCAAACUCUCCAUGGACUAAAAAACAACUUAAUGAGAAAUUUUUGGAUGCAGUUUGGAGUGUCAGUUGGUCACUUUCUGGUAACAUAUUAGCAGUUGCUACUGCUGACAACAAAAUCACAUUAUGGAAAGAAAAUUUAAAGGGUGAAUGGGAAAUGUUGACUGAAAUGGCAGAAUAA